AUGUGGGUUUCGAAAAAUCAGCCACAAGUUGGCCAAAGAAAGAAAAAUCAGCCACACGGCCACACCUAUUGGCUGUUUUUUUAUCGCUAUUUAUCUUUUUAUAUUAUAUCCUGCAACACAGAAAUUAGGAAACUGGUAUCACUUAGAGAUGCCCAUACACAGCACCAGAAACCAGAUUACUGCCGCCAUGGACGUGUUAAUCAGAUCAAGCGUACCGUUAGGCACCCUGGGAUUGUUGCUCUUUCUCUACCUUCCCUUUCCAAAUCAAGAAGCCACCGUAGAAAUAAAACUACGGGUAGAGAACCGCCACCGGAAGCAGGCGGCGCGUGGCCAGUGAUAGGGCAUCUCCACCUCUUAGGCGGGCCAGAGCCACCGCACAUAACCCUAGGCAAGAUGGCCGACAAAUAUGGACCAAUCUUCACCAUGAGGCUGGGGGUUCACCCAACUCUGAUUGUGAGCAGUUGGGAGAUUGCCAAGGAGUGCUUCACCGCGAACGACAGAGUUUUUGCUAGCCGUCCCAAGUUCGUAGCCGGCCAAGUCAUGGGCUACAACUACAGCAUGCUCGGAGCCAGCCCCUACGGAUCCUACUGGCGUCACGUGCGUAAAAUCGCCACGAUGGAGGUCCUCUCCAACCAUCGCCUCGAGAUGCUCAAACAUGUGAGAGAGUCCGAGGUUAAGUCAGCCAUGAAGGACACCUAUGAUGGUUGGGCGCAGCUGAACAGCAGUAGCGGUCAGAAUCAAGAAGCAGUGCCUCUGUCUUGUGAAAUGGAGAAAUGGUUCGGAGACAUAAUCUUAAAUGUUGUGUUUAGAAUGGUGGUCGGAAAACGAUUUGUUGAGACCGAAGGGAAUGAAAGGAUUCGGAAAACAUUGAGGGAUUUGUUCGACCUGAGCGGAGCAUUCGUGAUAUCAGAUGCGUUGCCGUAUCUGAGGUGGCUGGAUUGGGGCGGCCAAGAAAAGGCCAUGAAGAAGACGGCAAACGAAUUAGAACAAUUUAUUCAGUUUUGGUUGGAUGAACACAGACGCAAGAGGGACUCCGGUUCAGGGCAAGCCAAGCCUAAGCAUAGCGCCUUCAUGGAUGUGCUUCUUUCCAGCACUGAUGAAUCUGAAAUGAUUGAUGGCAUCGAUUCUAAUACUAUGAUUAAAGCCACAAGCCUGGUGCUAAUAUUAGCGGCAACAGACACAACAACAGCAACACUAACUUGGGCUCUGUCUUUAUUACUGAACAAUCGUGAAGUCUUAAAGAAGGCAGUAGAUGAAGUAGACGGACAAGUUGGGGGAGAAAGGCUGGCAUCAGAAUCAGACUUGAAGAACCUGCCGUAUCUGCAAGCCAUCCUGAAAGAGACGCUGCGCUUGUACCCAGCCGCACCACUCAAUCUGCUGCACAAGUCGAUGGAAGAUUGCACAGUGGCAGGGUACCACAUACCCUCAGGCACCCAUCUCUUGACCAACCUCUCAAAAAUUCAACGGGACCCACGUGUAUAUGAAGACCCAUUGGAGUUUAGGCCAGACAGAUUCCUAAGUACUCACCAAGAUUUGGACUUGAGAGGGCAGCAUUUUGAGCUGAUUCCCUUUGGUGCAGGGAGAAGAAUGUGCCCUGGUGUCUCAUUUGCUCUCUUGAUGAUGCAACUCACGCUCGCCAAUCUGCUGCAUGGCUUUGAUAUUGCAACGCCUCAUAAUGAGGCAGUGGAUAUGCGAGAACAGGUCGGACUUACUAACGUCAAAGCCUCACCACUCCAUGUCCGUCUUGCUCCUCGUCUCUCAUCCCGUCACCUGUAUGGAUGACGGGGGGGAAAAAAAAAAUGAACUAGCUAGCUUUGGCUUUUAUUAUAUGGACCUGUUUUUAAGUCUGAAUAAAUAUCUAAUUAAUGAAUGGAGGCUUUUCGGGACUCAUUAUUUUUGGCCUAUUGUAUAUAUUCUUUGAGAAAAUCCCUAAAAAAUAUUAUUGAAUUUUAAAAUUUUAUAUCAAUAUUGGUUAUUAUA